AGCAGAAGUACGCUUUCGGAAAGCUGGCAACGGUAGGUGGACGUGGCACCACGGUUUUGACCAGUGACAGCUCUUCCAGCAGCAGCGACGAGGAGGAGCUCGAGAAAGAGGCAGCUUUUGGGUCGUGGAAAACCACUGCGGGGCGGAACAACUACGGAACUACGCCAGGACAGUCUGGUGCUUAUUCCACAAGAGGACGACGGUCUUACUACGUCGCGGCGGGUGGAACAAGCACAAAUGAAGCUGCACUCGACGGGCAAAGUCGAGAUCACACGACCUCCAGUGUCGCGAGUCACAUUGUGUCAUUACUCAGUCGUGGAAAUGCGACGGACUUCAGCUUACAGCUACGUAGCACUGGGGAGCUGCAACAGAAUCAGAAACAUGCACCGGGAGCACGAGCAGUAGAAACGACCGCGGGUACUACUACUUUGCAGCCUACGCACAGCGUCGAAUCGAUCGUCACUGCGGUUUCAGGACGGGAAGAUUAUGUGAAUCAGAAUGCUCCUCUUGCGCCGACUUCCGGGCCACUGGCUGUACCGCUUUCGGCGCCGCAGCAUAAGUCGUCUCCGACAUCACUGCAAGCAAGGGCCGUGAAUCAAACCAAAAACCAAAGUUGGGACAGCCUUGCUGUGGCCCUGCGGAACUCGAAGAACUUGUCGGAAAGCACCAGAGGGGGCGAAAGUGGGGAUGGCAAGCGCAUCGGAG